AUGGCGUCAAAACAUAACAAUCUCCACCUUGAACCAAUUGCAUCUAAAACGAAACUAAACAUAAAGCAAAUGCAUAAAGCAAACAAUACCUAUACAAAGCAUGGGGCAAUGCUACAUGAAUUUCUGUGUGUCUUCUCCUGCCAUGGCUGGAUAUUAUAUGUUGGUUCUGACACUCCUUUCCUCUUGAACCCCAUCACCACCACCAGCGUCGGCCUAGCUUACCUUAACCUCUCUGAAAAGUUUGCCUCCCUCGGGUCUGGCGCCAUGUCGGCCCCGCCCUCUGAUCCCAAGUGCACUUUCCUUCUGAUUGACGAAGAUGAUGCCAUUCUCUAUCGAGUGCAGGAUGACCGCCGGGUCCGCUUGAGCCUCCCCUUGCCUGAAAAGUCACCUAGAUCCUCGAUCAUAGCAUCCACUACUGUAUUUUCUGGUGGCAGAUUUUAUUGCGUAUCAAGUAAAUGUUGCUUCUAUGUUAUUGAUCCUGUUCCCCCUCAGCCUUUGGUUCGACAAUUUAAGAUGAACACUGACGAGAUCCCAAGGGAGCAAUGGGCCAACUUCUUGGUUGAAUCUGAUGGGGAGGUCUUAUUGGCCGUGACAUUGUGUGACCCUAGCCAUCCUGAUCGAGAGGUCUUAUCGGGGUUCCAAGUGUUUCGUCCUCGUUAUUCUGAAAAUAAGUGGGUGAGGGUUCGUAGUAUCGGUGAUAGAGCCUUGUUUAUCCACCAAUUUUGCUGCUUCUCCUUGUCAGCAUCUGGUGUGGGUUGCAAAAAGAACUGCAUCUAUCAUCCCUAAUUUAGAACA